GCGACGAAGUGCAUAUCCAUUCUCUGUUCGCUUCUUCCCUGAUACAGUUCGCACCGCCGCCGCCGCCGCCGCCUAGGGCAUGUCUCCUGCCGCCGCCGCCGCGAGCAUGCCCCAUCCACUGUUGAUAGCCCAAAUCCAGCACAUCCUAUAGAGCUCGCGCGCGUGCUGAUUCCUUGGCUCAGAUCUGGUCGGUUUCAUAGGAGCCGAGAUGGACCUUCCCCUGCCGUCGCGGGAUCCGGAGACCCUCGGCAAGGACGAUCAGGACUGGAUGUCCGCGCUGCGGGAGUCGGUGUCGUUCGGUCGAUUCCUAUCCGAGUCACUCGAGUGGGAUACGAUGAGGCAUGCCUUGCCGGCACCGACGGCUACCAUAUUGCAUGACCAAUCGCUGCCGGCAGCUGGCCUCAAUCAAGAUGUACAUGUCAAUUUCUUGGUGCCGACCACAAUGGUCGGAGCUCAAUCUGCCUCCUCCAAUUGUGGUGUUGCAUGCAUUGGCGAAUCUGGAGCAGGCGUGAGUUGUAGUCCAUGCUUGCCUGCUGCCCGGUCCUCAACUAAUGUUGAAGGAGCUGCAUUGCAUUUGUCGAUGAUGGAGCCAAUGGAGAGCAUUGGUCAGAGCGUAGGAUCUACUACUCCAGUUUUGCUUGAAGAUGAUGCCAAUACCAAUUUCAAGGAUGGAAAUGAAUUGGCUUCAUGCAGUGGAGAUAGUUACACUACACCAAGGAAAACAAGAAGCAUGCCGAUCCGCGGUUCAACAUAUGAGCCAGAGUGUGAUGAAAGCUUGCAGCCCACAAUUGGCAUGGUCUUUGAUAAAUGGGAGGAUGGUGAGAUUUUCUACAAACAUUAUGCUCAUGAGGCUGGUUUUUCGGUUCGGAUAUUUACACAGCAUAAAGGGGAUGGUGGUGUACCAGUGUGGAAGCGAUUUGUUUGUGCAAGGCAAGGAUGGAGGAAGGAGAAAUGUGUACCGAAUGAUCAUGUCAAGAAGUCCAAUAGGAAAGUGAAGAUAACUAGGUGUGGUUGUGAGGCUAUGAUUGGCUUAAAGAGAAGAGGUGAUGGCAAGUAUGUAGUCGCCCGAUUCGUGCUUCAACACACACAUCAGCUUGUCUCGCCGAGUAAGAAAUAGUUCCUGCGAUCUAAUAGAGAAGUCAGUAGUGAAUUGAGGAGCACAUUUUUCACUUGUCGCAAAGCAUUGAUGGGCCCUUGCCAAACAUAUCGCUUAUUGAGUGCACAAAACGGCGGGCAGGCAAAUAUUGGAUGCACGAAGCGUGAUUUACAGAAUUAUGGUCAUGAUAUCGCUGAGAUAAUUAAAGAUGCAGAUGCACAAACAAUCAUUGAUGCUAUGAAGAGUAAGCAAAGUAUCAAUCCAACUUUCUUCUUUGAUUAUGAACGAGAUGAAGAGGACAAGUUAACCCACAUUUUUUGGGCUGAUGGUACAUGCAGAAAGAACUAUGCACUAUUUGGUGAGGUGAUGUCCUUUGAUUCCACAUAUAGUACUAAUCAAUACAACCUAGUUUUUUCCCCUUUCACUGGUGUGAACCAUCACAAGGCAUGUGUUACAUUUGGUGCUGCAUUUGUAUGCCAUGAAAAGGUUUGGUCGUACAAAUGGUUAUUCAAGACCUUUCUAAAGGCAAUGGGAGGUGUUGCACCUAAACUUAUCAUUACCGAUGAGGACCAAAGCAUGAAAGCUGCAAUCAAAGAAGUAUUCCCUCAAACUGUACACAGACUUUGCAUGUGGCAUAUUCUCUACAAAGUACGACAGUAUGUCGGUCAUGAUUUAUUCAAUGAUGAAGAUUUCCGUAAGCAAUUUAGUGCAUGUGAUUUUUUACAUGGUCUUAUAGGUCAAGAAGCUUUAAAAUAGAUCAGAGGGAUAAGAAGGUGCACCAGUCUCGUGUUCCAAUCUAUGAUGUGCAUGCUUUCAACAUUGAGAAACAUGCAAAAUGACCAAAUGGCUAGGUCUAGCGAUUCCGGAGCAGAAACAGCUUCCUUUUAGUGUUCUUGCUGUGUAAUUAGGGGAAUCGUCUGCGUUAGCAGUUGACAAGAGUUGUAAUAUAUGCCUUUUAGGUUUAGGAGUAGCACCCUGUUUAACUUAGCAAAUCUGAACUAUAACUGUUACAUAUAUGUGCAAUUUCAUGGCAAGCGUUGCACUGUGUUUUGUCAAUCUGGAAGAUUGUACCGCUCUGGUUUGCUUUACUGGACAACAACAAGCUUUUAUAUCUGAAGGCAUUA